AUGCAUCUCUCUCAUUUCUUGCUAGUUUUAAUAGCCGUUGUUGUCGUGACAGCUUCAAUAACAAAGCAGGAAACAGAUAUCGGAAUGUCUGAAAAUAUUAAACAACCUACCACUGAAGCUGAUUUGGAAAGAAAUCAGUUUUUUAAAUGUCGUUUGUGUUGUCACGGCCAGAAAUUCAUCCAAGAUGCUGUUCCUAUCAUCGAUGACCAACAAAGAACGCAUCCAUUAAUCGAAGGAUUUGGUUGCAGCAUUUGCUGCAGAUGA